AUGACCGCUGAUGUCCUGAAAUCUUUGCCUCCCGAUGUGCGUACUUUGAAAUUAACGGGGCAUGUCGGUUUUGACAGUCUUCCAGACCAGCUAGUUAAUAAGGCUAUUAGCCAAGGGUUCGUCUUCAAUGUACUGUGCGUUGGAGAAACUGGUAUCGGAAAGUCCACUUUGCUAGAAACGCUGUUUAAUCAAAAGUUCGAUUUCAACCCCUCACCACAUGAUCUGACAGAUCCAAAACUAAAGGCUGUUACUUAUGACCUCAAAGAAGCCAAUGUUAAGCUGAAAUUAACAGUGGUAGAAACUUGCGGAUAUGGUGACCAGAUUAAUCAGGAUAACAACAUAAAACCUAUUGUGGACUACAUUGAUAAUCAGUUCGAAAACUAUCUCCAGGAAGAGCUAAAAAUGAAAAGAUCUAUGCACACAUUUCAUGAUACCAGGGUCCAUGUAUGCCUUUAUUUUAUUGCACCUACAGGACACAGUUUAAAGUCCAUCGACUUGGUUGCAAUGAAAAAACUGGAAAAUAAAGUUAAUGUUAUCCCCAUCAUUGGAAAAUCCGAUACCAUUACAAAGUCUGAACUACAAAAGUUCAAAGCAAGAAUUCUCAGCGAGAUACAAUCCAACGAAAUUGGUAUUUACCAAUUUCCUACUGAUGAUGAAGCUGUUAGUGAAACUAACAGCCUUAUGAAUCAACAUAUCCCAUUUGCUGUCGUGGGUAGCUCAGAAGAGACUAAAAUCAAUGGCAAGACAGUACGUGUACGACAAUAUCCAUGGGGUGCAGUUCAAGUGGAAAAUGAAAACCAUUGUGAUUUUGUUCGACUUCGAGAGAUGCUGUUGCGUGUGAAUAUGGAAGAUUUACGUGAACGUACUCACGGUGUCCACUAUGAAACCUAUCGACGUCAACGUCUAAUUGAAAUGGGAUUUCGUGAUGAUGAGAAAAUGUCACUUCAAGAAACUUACGAACAGCGUCGUGAACUUCAAAGAAAAGAGUUACAACAGAAAGAAGAGGAAAUGAGACAAAUGUUUGUUCAGCGUGUUAAAGAGAAAGAACAAGUUUUGAAAGAAGCUGAGCGUGAGCUUCAAACUAAGUUUGAAAAUCUAAAGAAAACUCACGCAGAAGAAAAAAAGAAACUUGAAGAGAAGAAACGUAUCUUAGAAGAAGAAAUCGCUGCUUUUGAACGUCGUAAACAACUUGCAGAACAAGCAAGACAAGGGAAUCUGACUAUGAAGAAAAAGAAAUAAGUGAUCUGACAAGAAAAACGCCAAAUAUUUUACCCACUCUCUCUAACCAAUUCACAUAUAUACACCAGCAUUUUUGACUUCCGGUUACUGCUGUUAUUCUUCCUAAUCACAAUAAUCUUUUUUAAAAUUAAUUAAUUAAUCAGCUU